AUGUCGAGCUCAUUACCACGCCCCAAGCGCGCAGGCGAAGAUUUUGCCAGUACCAACUACAAUGACGACGGCGAGGAUUCCUCAGAGCACAAGAAGCCCCGCUUCGACCUUCGCAACCCCUCAGCUCUUGCAGCUGAUGCGCCCGAAGAAGAUGCAGUGCUAGACGCUGAUGAGAUUGGCAGACGUGGCCAGAGAAUCAGACGCAAGGCGGUUAAUCUCGAAGGCUACGAUUCGGACAGCGACAACGAGGGGUUUUCUGCGCGCACAGAAGAGAAACCCAAGCGCAAACAAGCCACGGAAGCAGAAGAUGAUGAUAUGUUCGCGGAACUACAAGAAGACUUCGGUGAAGAGGAAGUCGACGGUGACGAGGUUAUCAACAAAAACAAGAAGUCCGUUCGCUUCCUACGAGACGAUGAGAUCGAGGGCCAAGUCGCUUCUUCAAAAGGUGGAGGAGUGCUGCAUGUCGAUAUGAGGAAGGGUGCAGAUGAAAUUGAUGACGAGGAAGAUGAGAGUGGCAGUGAAGUUGGGGAAGAGGAACGCGCACGAGUCGACGAAGAGGUAGACGAGGAACUUGGCGCGGGUGGGAAGAAAAAGCACGCCCCUCUCCUGGAUGCCUUCAAUAUGCGAGCAGAGCAAGAGGAAGGACGAUUCGACGACCAAGGAAAUUAUGUCCGCAAAGCAAUAGACCCCGACGCUGCCUACGACUCGUGGCUGGAGGGUGUUUCCAAGAAGGAUAUCAAAAAGGCCAAAGAGGCUGCUGAUCAACGCGACGCAGAGCGCAAAGAGAAGGAUCGAAUAGACGACAGCAUUUUGACAGGGGAUGUCCUGAAGACGAUCAUCACCCACCUCGAACGAGGCGAAACAAUACUCGAGGCACUGGCCCGACUGGGCAAAGGCCUUCGCCGAAAGCCCAAGUGGCAAAACAAGAAGAACAAGAAGAACGCUGCCGAGGAUAUUGAGAUGGCAGAUGAGGACCCCAACGAAUUGGCCCGGAAGAAGGCAAUUGAUUCUAUUACUGGCGCCGCUGAUAUCUUGAUGGGCCGUGGCCAAGUAGACAUUUACGACACAGAGCGCGAAAUGCUCACACGGCAGUACCGCAACGACACAGGCGACGACUGGGUCGACCCUCCUGCGAAUGGAGUGGCUGAGCAAGGUCCGGCCAUGUGGGAGUAUCGGUGGUCUGAUGCUAGAGAUGGAGGGGAUGCCCACGGGCCAUAUGACAGUGCGAUGAUGGACUCAUGGAAGAACGCAGGCUACUUUGGCGAAGGUGUUGAGUUCCGCCGAGUUGGAGAUCCAGGGCCAUGGAGCGGUAGUGGCACCUUCUUGUAA